UUACCCCUUUUUCAAGCAUCUAAUGCCUGUUCACGUUGAGCACAACGUGAAGAGUUUAGCUAGUCAUAUUGAGCAGCUCGUCCGACGAUGGAUGUGUCACAUCAGGUUCUGAACAAUUUUCAGGUUCUGAACAAUGAGUUCAACAUUAUCGACAACAUCAUCGAAUCGGCGGUCGAUGAACUAUUGCAGAAACAGGUUACCACGCACAACGAUUAUGUAGAAAUCGAUGCCCUACUCCUGCCGCUGUGCCGGCUGUGCGCACGCGAAGAGAUGGACAUGGAGCACCUGAUGGACAUUAGCGAGGAACAUUUCUCAUUGAUUAACGAGCUGCAUAUUUUCAUCGACGUCGAUGGCACUAGUGUCUGUUCAAAGAUUUGCAGCCAAUGCAAUGCCUUUUUGGAGGAAAUUCGUCGCUUUCGGGUCAUGUGUGACGAAGCCCAAAAGCGCAUAGCGGACUUAUUAACGCAGCGAAGUAUGCUGCCCGACUUUCUGAAGCUAGACUUUAGUGAACCCAAGGAACCGUACUUGCCUCUGUUGCUUGAAUCGUCUCCGCUGUCUGCUGCGAACCUACCGGACGAUGGUAUGUCAAUUGAGCCUACUGCCCUUAUGCUUGAGGAGCAUUUGGCGGAUGUGGAAGAGACAAAUUUAGCGGAAACAAACGAAGCGGAUGAACCAGAGCCGCAAAAUGUUCAAUGUACUGUUCGUAAGGAACCAGCUGUGCUACCCGGGAAACGGAUCCUUGCCAAAAGGGCUGCGACCAAAGUGAGCCAGCUGGUCAAAUCUUUACAAUCGGUCGAAAGCGAUGAGUCUACCGAUGUAUCGGACGCGGAAGAGUAUAAACCGGCGGCUACCGGUGGCCAGGUUUCCAAACUGAAGAAAAGAGUAACCAAACAGCGGAAACCGAAGGUCGCAAUGCCGAAGCUGAGCAACAAGCAGACGGAUGUGCAACCGAAGCGCUUCGAUUCGCGGCGGCAAAUCGUUAACGGACGCUUGACAUGGGUGUGUCUCGAUUGUGAGCAAGUUUUCGAAAGUUGUAGAAAGCUAAAAAUCCAUCGCCGUACCUGUCCGUUGGUGGGCAGUGAGCAAUCGAAACGCGUUGGAAUGUUUCCUUGCGAUGUUUGUGGCUACGUGAAUUCGACCCUCGUGGGAUUGCGGAUUCACCUUUAUAAGCACCGCGAAAGGGCACCGCAGAGCAAGCGCAAACACACCGUAUCGAAAGAAAAGAUAUGCCACGUGUGCGGCAAGACUUGUCAAACAUCGCGUGCCCUACGACAGCACCUCGUUUGCCACAGUCAGGAGAAAAAGAAUGAAUGCCACAUUUGUGGCCAACGAUUUCGACGAAUGCAGGUGCUGAAGAUACACGUGGACACGCACUCGGAGAACAGACAGCACGAGUGUGACGUUUGUGGCAAGAAGUUUUACACCAAAGCCGUCCUCUACAAUCAUCGUAAAAUUCACGACGAAAGCUAUCGAAGGCGGCAAUGCCUGGUUUGCUCGAAACGCUUUGCCCACCCGUAUCAGUUGCGGGAACACAUGAUGAUUCACACCGGCGAGUAUCCGUUCCUAUGCAGUAUUUGUGGCGCCAAGUAUCGUACACUAGGGAAGUUAAAGCGGCAUCAGGAAGUGGAGCACGUGCAGAUUUUCGAUCAUGCCACCGUGGUCGAAGCGGACGCGCCGUCGGAUGAGACUGACUCGAACGAGGUGGAAGAUAUUAUCGUCUAUCAACCGGAGGACGACCUGGCCGCAAUGCUGGAUACGAUUCCGCAGGAAAUGCCACCGCUAACGCCACCAGCCACAACGAUAGAUGCGCUGGACCAGGAGUCAGUGUUUCCUGCGGACCAUUUGCUUGAUCACCCAAACAGCGAGUUUGCGGUGCCCUGUUUUCCGCAUACCCACGAAGCGGACGACGGAUUUUACAGUUUUAUGGAGUGCUAGGAGUGCUCCGGGGGUAACGUGAUUUUAAGUUUAAGUUGAUGCAGCAUUCCUUCCAGUGGCCCACUGUCGGCGGAAUCCCAAAUAAAUAAGAAUUUGUUUCUCUUAAA